AGAGUCAAAGACCGCCAGCGCACAAUCCAGCGCUGAGAGCCAUCGAUGAGGAAGUGUAAUUGAACCUGCGAUGUGGAGGGAGGGAAGCAGCUCGUCUGUGUAGUUCCUGGAGAGAGCGUCUCCCAUCAAAACGCGCGGACUGGGUGACAAUAUCGUACUGGGAAUUACCGGAAUGUCAGGGGAAUAAAAUCAGUUAACAUGUGCCUUAUUGGCACCGAGGCGGUGCCACCUCAGCGGUAAGUGGAGCGAAAGAAGGAGGAGGAGGAGGAGGAAGAGGAGGAGGAGGAGGGGGGUAGACAGCCUGGCAGACAGGUGCGCGGCUCCACAGUCUGUUUCAUUUUCUCGCGGUCCUAUUAAGUAAUCGAGCCAUGGAUACCCGCAAGGAAAACAAGGUAAGGAAACCCAUAAAACCCAAAGCGACGAAGGGGAAAGAGAAGAAAUACAAAAGGGGGAGAUUUACCAGGAGGAAAUCGCUGCGAUCUUUAGGGAAUUUCAUGGGAAGGAUCCUUAAAACUUUGGGCACUUUGGCGCACUUCGGCGACGCGCAGCCGCCGGACGCGGAGGACGACGACGGCGGCUUCGGGCAAAGCGCGUCGGGGGGGUUCAAACAAGACGACUGUCCGCAGGUCUCCAGGGAGGGGACCGUGAAGAAGAGCUCCACGGUGUCCUCCUCUCACGGCUCGGUCAAAGACAGGCUGUCGUGGUGCUACGGCGACAAGACCCCCGGGGUGCUGGGACUGAAGAACCACGGCAACACCUGUUUCAUGAACGCCGUGGUCCAGUGCCUCAGCAACACGGACCUGCUCGCCGAGUACCUCGGGCUGGAGCAGUACAAGUCGGACUUGUGCUACCGCGGGAGGGUGAACGGGGAGGCGAGAGGCGAGGAGCGGCAGAGCGCCAGGGGAGAGGUGACCGAGCAGCUGGCGUCGCUGGUUCGAGCGCUGUGGACGCUGGAGUACACGCCGCAGCUGUCUGUGGAGUUCAAGAGCAUAGUGGCCAAGUACGGAUCUCAGUUUCGGGGAAACUCUCAGCAUGAUGCCCUCGAGUUCCUCCUCUGGCUUUUGGACAGAGUUCAUGAAGAUGCUAAUUCCAGCCCAAACAACAACAGCAACAGCAGCAGCAGCAAGACCAAAGCCAACGCCAAGGGACCCAGUUCAUUGGAGGAUCCUGCCAGUCCCAGUUCAGCCAACACACAGCAGCCUCGAGAUCGGCACAGUUUUGUCCAGGAACACUUCCAGGCUCAGUACAGGUCUUCUCUGACGUGCCCUCAUUGCCUUAAGCAGAGCAACACCUUCGACCCGUUUUUAUGUAUCUCCCUGCCGAUCCCCCUACGACAAACCAGGUCGAUGUGUGUGACACUUGUGUUCAGUACGAAGGGUCAGCGGUACCUGCGGGUGGGGUUGGCUGUACCUCUCUUUGGUUCUUUGUCCUGCCUGAGAGCCAUGGUGGCAGAGGAGGGCAACAUCUCCCCGGACCAGGUCAUCCUGUCAGAGUUGUAUUCCACAGGUUUCCAGCGUUCCUUUUCGGAUGAUGAUGACCUGACCGCAAUUGCUGAUAGCGACGUCGUCUACGCCUUUCAGGCUCCUCCCCUCCAUAGUCGUGGAGGCUCCACCACACCGCACUCAGGGUAUCACCACAGCCUCCCCUCCUCCCCCUACACCUCUAAGGCUGGACCGGAUGGUCAGAGGUUACCUCCGUCUGGCACCCUCUCCUCUGAAUACCUGAACCAGGGCGGCUCCACCAAGGUCCUCCUCCUCAUCUGCAACACAGCAGGAUCUGGCCAGCAGGCUGUCCGAUUUGGACCUCCAUUUCUCAUGCGUGAGGACAGGAGCAUCUCCUGGGACCAGUUGCAGCAGAGCAUCCUCAGCAAGCUCUAUUAUUUGAUGCUGAAUGGAUCUCAGGCUCAGAAUGCCGGGGUGCUGUUUAAGGUCAGAGUGGUGGGGGUAUCAGCAGUCUACAGCUACCUGUCCCCGCAGGACAGCAGACCACUGUACCAUCCUGCAGUUGACAGAGCUCUGAAGUUCUGUGGCCCUGGGGGACCUGCCCAUGUGAAGCUUGUCAUUGAGUGGGAGCACAAGACUAAAGAAUGUCUGUUUGGCAGCAUCCAGGAGGAGGUGGUAAAAGAUGCAGAGAGUGUGAGAAACCAGCAGCAGCAGCAUCUGCAGCAGCAUAGCUGUACCUUGGACGAGUGCUUCCAGCUAUAUACCAAAGAAGAACAGCUUGCCCCAGACGAUGCCUGGAAGUGUCCCCACUGUAAGCAGCUUCAGCAGGGCAUGGUGAAGAUGAGCCUGUGGACUCUCCCUGACAUACUGAUCCUUCAUCUCAAGCGCUUCCGACAGGUGGGCGAACGGAGGAACAAGCUGUCAACCCUGGUGCGUUUCCCCUUGACUGGUUUGGACAUGGCCCCCCAUGUAGUAAAGAGGAGUCAGAGUAUAAGGAACCUGAACUUAGGGGCUUGGCCACCUUCCUGGAAGCAGCCCUCAGGCCAACACCACCAACCUGCUGACAUGAUCCUCCCCCACGACUAUCUGUACGACCUUUACGCUGUGUGUAACCAUCAUGGAGGAAUGCACGGAGGACAUUAUACUGCCUACUGUAGGAACUCAGUGGAUGGACAGUGGUACAGCUACGAUGACAGCAGUGUAGACUUGGUGCCAGAAGAAGAAGUAUGUACCCGAGGAGCUUACAUCCUUUUCUACCAGAGACGCAACACCAUUCCUCCAUGGUCGGCCAGUUCCUCCAUCAGAGGAUCCACAAGUUCAUCAAUGUCAGACCACUGGCUAAUCCGGCUGACAGGGGACAGUAAGAGAGGCAGUCUAGUCUCUCGAUCUUCCACCACCUGCCCAUCUUCCAUACCUGACUCGCCUGAGUCUCCAGUCUUCCUUGAAAAUUGUACUAAGGAGGAAAGAGGGGGGUUUGAGAGCAGGCCAUUAAUCAGGGGUCUUCAGGGACGCAGCGUGAGCAUGAGAGCCCCCAGCAAGACCAAGGACACCCUGAGCAAAGUGCUUCCCCUCCGCUGGUCCUUUGGUUCAAAGGACAGACGGAAACCUGACCCAGUACCUCCAUCUGUCCAAGAUCCUGCCCCUGUGGAGCUGGUACAGUACUUGGAAUCUGGCCGGCGGCCCCGGUGCACAAAGGAUUCAAUAGUAACAUUGAUGAGCGAACCACGCAGCACAAAGGAAGCUGCUGAUGGCCAGGCUGCAACCAAUCUCCGAUCUUCCAGUCUUGGGAGCAUAAGUUGUGUUGGUAAGGCAGGAGACGAGUAUCCACAAGUCCCAGAGGGCCAGAGGAGGCCAUCAGAUAAGACAGCCAGCUUGAGACGCAGCAAGGGGAGCCAGACAAGAGAUGAGAGCAUUACAAAUAUCAGCAGUAGCUCCAGCAGCAACACCCUCACCAGGAAGAAGGAUGCCAGGAGGCAGAGCUCCUCCAAAGCUCCCCAGGAUACUGAGACAAAAAAGAGUUCCAGUGCUGGAGUUCAGCCCAGCUACAGUACUCCCAGCCUUCAUGAUGGUACUCUGAGAAGACAAAAGGGGGACAGGGCUGAUAGGGAACACCACGGUACAUAUGAAGGAAACUCUAAGACCAAGAAAGGGGACGUGCCCAAGAGCCAUGAGGGACUACUCUCCUUCUUCAAAGGUAACUUCCUGAAGAAGGAUAAGGACUCGAGGAAGUCUAAGGAGGGUGAGCCACAGAAAGGAGGAGGUGAGGAAGGAGGGAGAAGGACCAUCUCUAGGCUGUCACUGUCCAACGGAACAGCAGGAGGAGGAACUGGGGUGGAAGGAGGCAAGUCUAAUGGAUCAGGCCAUCGUGAUGAGCUGGCAAAUGGGAAGGUGGGACGAACCACGGCUGACAUCAAACGCUCCCAGAGCUCCUCCAACAUCCCCACCAAAGCGGAGCAUAGCAUGCGCAGGACAGCAUCUUUGCAUCGUAAUGGGAUGUCUACAGCCCCAGCACCAUCACGUAGCCUGACUUCAGACAAACCCUCUUAUGGCACCCUGCAGAGGACUCGUUACAGCACAACCUCACUGGGACGCAAAAGGACAGUCCCUGAGUCCAGCUUCUGACCCAGAGAUAUUUAUCACAUUCACACAUACACAAAGCCUUUUAUCUGUCAUACAGUGAAUGACGUCCAAUCUCUGACAUCAAAGCAAUAGAGCUCAGUUCACAGUGGUAUGCCUUUUUGUUCCCUGAAAUUGAACUGGCUGAAAUGGUUUGCACCAUGGAGUUGAGAGACAUGAAGCAGAUGAAGGUCCUUAAAUGCUGGGAUAUAAGGAGCAGAAUUAAAUGUCCAUCAAACGUUAGAGGGAGUCCAUUUUUAUUCUGUUUUUUAUAACUUAAAACAAGUGCCUGAGCAAUGAAUAUGCAGUUUAGACCAAUGAGUUUGUCUGUUUAGCACUGGAAGCAUGGAAUCGCUUACACAAACACAUGCACAUACAAGCAUACUAUCCACAUUUGUGUCUUAUUACUGUGGUUUGAGUGUUGGAAUUCAUCAUUCCAUUUUGAAUUCUUAUGGUUGUGUGCUUACAAUCAAGGCACACUGAUUGUGUUCAUUUAUAGGACUGUAAUGUGUUCACUUGAUUAAUGUUGGUCCUUUAAGCUGCAGUUUCUGAUUAACAUCAAUUAUCCAUCUUUAAUCCCUUGUUUAAUGUUUAUUUAAAGUUCAGAAUGGCCUUUUUUUUUAUGAAGCAUUGAAUUAUCCCUAUGUGACCUACACUGCAGUUGUUGUUUAUCCCGAGUUUAACCUGCAUUGGAAGUACCAUGACCUCUAACUGUAAUAACUCACUGGGAUUGGUAUUCUGUAGACUCACUGACCUUGGUCUCUUAAUCAUUGUUUGGCAAAGUUUCCCUACUAGGACCAGUAGCGCUUUCACUUUAUAGCUGAGCCUGAUUAACCUCCCUGUGACGGAAGUGAAUUUAGAAAAUACUUUUGUCUGCUGUGAAGUGUUAUAUUAAUGCAGAUGGAUAAUGUUUUACACCUUUUAUAUAACAUCUCUUAAUCAUACUGAAUGCAUUCCGUAUUUUUUUCUUCUACUAUUUGGUGUAAUCACCUUAUUUAAUUGUUUCUUCGUUUAUGAUUCCCUGUGAUUUCCAGAAGGUAUCAACCAUCACACAGUUAAUAAGGUUAGCUGUGUUAUAGGAAGGUUGUGACCGGAAUUAGCACCAAAAAAGAGUGGGAGUUUUUCUCCUGCAUCUCAUGCUGUUCUACUGAAGCUGUGGUUGCUAGAAAAAUGUUCCCUCUUACAUGAUUUUUGAUCCACAUUUUUUUAAUGUGCCAUCAAAGGGGCAACUCUAGGAAAUUACUCCUUGGUAAUUGAUUUUUGUGAAUUUUCACCUGUUAGUUCAUAGCCUAACAUUGACCAAAUUUGACCAGUGUUCAGAAAAAGAGAAAUAAAAAUAAUACUCCACAAAAUGCCAAAAAGGGGGAAAGUUGGUCAGUGUUUGGAGUUUUACCUUUAUUAAUUCCUUCUUUAAACAGUCGAAGCCCAGAUUAAAACAAAUUUAAAAAUGAGAAAUAGAAGACACAUUUUUAUUUUUCCUUUUUAUGUAAGCAUUUACUGUGUUUACUUUACACUAUACCUAGCUGUCAACUAGUGUGUCUGUUUGUACACCUUCUUGCAGCACAAUACAUCCCUUAAAAAUGCAUUCAGUCACAAAUGUAACUAUUUGUUCAGUCAAUAGUAGUGUCCCUCCAGCUGGAUGGCCCACAGAAAACAAUUUUUAACGUUAAAGACAAGACUAAGCUCCACCCAUGGUCCCACCUCCCAGUCUGUGAUUGGACAGUUUUUCAUUUUGGCAUGGACAAUGAGUUUCUAUUUCAAAAAAGAAAAAGCUCCCCUUAGCCUCCUCGUGAAAACUAAUGAGUGCUCUGCAUUUAGUAUUUGCAGGUCUCUCUCUCAAGUUCUUGCAGUUCCCUUUGUGAAUCCGGCAUAAUGAAGGUUUUGCUGUGCACUUUUCACAGGGUAGAGUAUUAUAAUAAACUAUGAUAAUGUUCAUGUCCUGAGAGAUUAAUUAAUGCUCUCUGCAAAAUUUAUUUUUGGGAACAUGCAAGCAUAUUUAAUUUAAUUUCAUGUAAUCUGUGUUAUUUUUGCUGAAUUGGACCAUGUUUUUUUUCCAGUAUGAACUUGCUUCCAAUUUAAAUGGUUAGUUGUUUACUGUUAUGAAAUACACAGUAAAACUACACUCUAAAGUCACUUACAAAACUGGUGGAGGAAAGCAGAUUGUUAAUUUCAUUUUCCUGGCACAGAUGUCCUCAGCCACAUAAUUGAGAUAUUAUAUUAUAUAUAUUUAAUAAGCAGCCUCCAAAAUUGCUGUGCUAUAACUGAACAGUCAAUAUAUUGGGAUGGAGUAUUCAGUCCAGUGGACCAGUUAUCCACUUGUAGAAUGUAAAAGACAUAGCAUAAUCAUCACAUCUUAGAUAAUCUUUUGUUUAUAUACAUGCAGUCAGUUGACUGCAUAAAUUAAAAAAAAAAAUGUAUUAAAACAUUAGAAAGAGGUAGUUUAUUCACAUCAGCUAAACUAUGUCCGAUCACGUAUUGACAGUAUUCACAUUUGAAUGUGAGUAUGAUAUGCCUUCAAUUACAGUUUUUUCAAAAGUGUAACAGCAGCCUUCAGAAUUCUCUUUUGACUCAGUCUUAAUGAGAACAAGUAACCCCACAAAGUCACCUAGAUUGAGAGACUCUGCACAAACAAAACCAGAGUUAAAAAUUUGCUGCAAAUAGUGUAUAUUAUUCAAGGCUUUUCAUGAUGCCUCACGUCGAUCUUACAUUAAAUCCCAGUUCAAAGAAUAUCACUGUUACACUUUAAAGUUAACAAGCAUGUUGUUUUUAUCGGGAAGGAUACCUAUGAAAAUCAAAGAGUUGAAGCAAAUGGAAGCCAGUUUUCUAUGCAGAUCAUCAGUUUGUAGCUCAUUGCGUUUUAUUAACACGUUGAACACUUGAAUUAACAAUUUAUCAUGUUUAUGCCAAGGAUAAAAGCUUCUGUUUCUUAUGAACGACGAUACUAAAGAGCGCUCUGCUUUCGAGUCUGUGACGCGUGAAAUUCUUUAUUUCAGAGGGGAAGGUUAGGUAUCACAUAGUGCAGCCAUUAUUUUAUGUGUUAGGAGAUGUCUACUUUCCCUACUAAAUAACUCUCCAACUGCUUCAACUAGUUGUACUGUUUGCGUUUUAUGUUAGAUUUUACUAGCCAAAUCAGGGAAACUCAAUGACUAAAUUUUCCAGAAUGUAAUGGGCAGCCAUGAAAGAAAAAAAAAAUAUUUUUUUUAAAAAUUCUAAUAGUAAAUCUUUAGAUUCCUUUUGCCUCUAGUUUAAUUCUCAACACCUAUAUUGUACAAAACUCUUAAACAACAUUCAUACAUUUUCUUAAAAGGGUGCCUGAGAUUUCCCCAAAACGUUACUCACAGAUAGCAUCAUCAUUUAACGGUCUUGCAGAUAGAUGUCUAAUGUUUCUAUUGUUAUCCUCAAACCAAAAAGGCCAUGCUGACAAGGAAUUAAUUUUGCUGGAGGCAUUAGUCAUAGCUUUGAUUAAUGGAACACUUUGUUGGAAAAAGCCUUUUUCUUUUCAGCGUGAUUUUUUCAGAAUAUUUUUUAUUUCUGCAACAAAUUAGUAAAAAUAUGUGGGGUGUGUGUUGAUUCAACUACUAAGACAAUGUACUGAGUGUGUUGACUCUCACACAACCCUUAAAAGAACACACAUUACAUUAUUACUUUCAGUGAGCUCUAAUUUAUUUUUAUUUUGAGCCCUUUUCUAAGUGUCUAAGCAAUAAUAGUUGAAUGUCUUAUUCAUUAGUGUUCUGAAGUGCUGUUAUGAAAUAAAACUUGUUCUUUGAGAGGGCGCAUGGAAAGUUGAAGAAGCCAAACAGCAGAUGUUCAAAUCAAAACUCAACACUCAAUACAUUAUUAAAUCACAAAGUGAGAUACUUGUGUUUCUCCCUUUAAUGUAACCGUACAAUGAACCGUAAAAAUGAAUUCAGAAAAAGGCUGAAAUUACUACAAUCACAUAGUUGUUAAAAUAACACACUGUAGCCAGAGAUUUGUGCUCUUAAAAGCCGAGUGCCCAUGAAUUGCAGGGACAGGAUGACAGCUGUGGCUUUGUAUUAAGCUAAAUUAAUGUAUGUAUUCAUAUUGACGCUCUAUGUUGUUCAUACUGAAAUUGUGUGAAUUAAUGCAUGAAAAAUCAGUACUCUUAGUAUACUGUCUAGAGCGCCCAGAGAGGAUUAAAAAUAAUUCAAAUUGUGGAAUAAUUUCUUCACCUUCUUUAAAUAUAUAAAAUCUAUGAAUCUGAAUGAGAAAAAAAAUACACACUUUUACAAAGCUGACCAUUUCCAUCUUUUCAGUACAUUUUCCUACAUCCAGCGUAAAACACCAAGUCAAAGCACAUUCAGAAGUAGCAAAUAAUCACUGAUAAAUUGACUUGUAUUUUGUUUUUCUGAAUACAGUUUAAAUUAAAUUAAAAAGGUUGUUUCUGGUUUUCUUUGCAUGGCUCAAUCCACUAAUGGCCACAUAAUAUACACAAUGUUUACUCUGCCAAACUGAGCACUGCUGUUGAUUGUUAACACAAUUUUUGUGAAAUGUGGUUUGAAGAUGUUUUUAUAUGCAAUUUUUCUACAUUUUAUUAAAAAACAAAACAAAUUGAUGUAUAUAUUUGUGGAUACACACAGGUAGAACUUUGUGGGUGUGUGUGUGAAAGAGAGAGAGAGAGAGAGAAUAAAUAAGCUUAUUAUAAAUGACAUUUGACCUGUUGCUUUCAUAAGGAUGUAACAAGUAUGCUUUCACUGUAAAACAACAGUUUCUGCCAGAAUUGUCUGUACAUGAUGGUAUAUUAUUUUAUUUUUCAAUACAAUAAAUAAAAAAGGAAUUAUUUAUGA